GUAUGAACGAUCAACAACUAUGAUACCCACCCAGGAACCAAAUUUUGGCUUGUAGAGUUGGCAAUGUCGUCGUCUUCAUUUGGUUAUAUUCUCAUUCGCAAAAAAUACUGAGCUUUCCACUCCCAUAGCAGUUAAGCUGCUUCAAUCCACUCACCUACUCUAUCUCUCUUUCUCUCUCUACAAAAUCAUCCAUCAAUUUUCUAUCUCUACGAAAUCCUCCAUCGAUUUUCUCUCUCACACACUUUCACACUCAAACACACACCCUCUCCCAUCGCAUUUAUGGUUGCAGUUAUCGGAAUCUUACUGGUUGGGGCGGAGUUCUAAGGUCGGAUUUUGGAGAGAGAAAGUAAGCGAGACGGAAAUAAGAUGCCGUUGGUGAGGGUGGAGGUGAGAAAUGAGUACGGAUUGGGAAUGCCGGAGUUGUACACAGAAACCAAUAGAGAAGAUCCGAAGGCGGUGCUUGAUGGCGUCGCCGUUGCUGGCCUCGUCGGAAUCUUGCGUCAAUUAGGCGAUCUCGCAGAAUUUGCAGCAGAAGUUUUUCAUGGGUUACAAGAACAAGUGCUAAUUACAUCUUCUAGAAGCCAUAAAUUGGUGCAACGAAUACACAACAUUGAAGCUGCACUUCCUCCACUAGAGAAGGCUAUUUUGGCACAAAGGAGUCACUUGCAUUUUGCAUACACCGCUGGUUCUCACUGGCAUUCUCGACUCAAAACCGAACAAAACCAUUUCAUAUACAGUGACUUGCCGCGAUGCAUUAUGGACGCCUAUGAAGACUGUCGUGAUCCUCCACGUUUACACAAGCUUGACAAAUAUGACAUAGGUGGCCCGGGAUCUUGUUUCAGAAGAUACUCUGAUCCAACUUAUUUUAAAAGAACUUCAUCUGGCCCUUAUGAAGCACAUCUUCAAAAUGUCCCAAGAGAAAAGAAGGCUCGUAGAAAUAAGAAAAAGAAAACUUCAAGGUAUAGAGAUUUGACACAUGAAGCUCCAGUAAUUAUGCAUACAGAAAGUAUGGAUUUUGGCUUUUCAAACAUGGUAGAAAAAGCUUCUCCUUCUCCUUCUCAAGAUAUGUCCACAUUCAAUGUCCCACAAAAUUCCGGAAUUGACCCUGAAAUUGACCAUUUGGCUACUUUCGAAUCAAGAAACGAUUCAAAUUACAUCGAGUGUAUCUUUCGUCCUAGCUACUCAACACAAUCUGAAGACAACAACAAUCUUAAAGAACCCUCUUCUGAUUAUCAUCAUAAUUCUUUUCUUGAUUCAGCUUCCAUUGAUGACAACAAUGGAGGAGUUUCUGUUCUUCCAGAUGAAAAUAUCAACAAUACCUCAAGAUCACCUUACAUUACCUGGGAUGAAAAGUUAGAAAUCAUAGAUUCUACAGGGCGCCCAUCUGAAAAUAUUGAGGAGAAAGAAGAAGAUCAUAUUGAUUUUGGGUUUCAUGAUGAACCUAUUCCAACACCAAUUGUUUCCAAUCCCAGGGGUCAGCAUGAUGAGAUUGAAAGUGAAACGGAUUAUUACCUUGAUGCCCUUAACACCAUUGAAUCAGAAUCAGAAACCGAUUUAGAUUGUCAAACAAAACGAGAACUGAAGCAAUACACCAAUAAUACAAACAACAAAGAUGACAUGUCAACUAACUUCGAGUUUCAUGUUCCUGAACAUACUUCAUCUAGCAAAUCACCAGAAUCUCAUAUGGAAGAUCACAUUUACUCAAACAACGAGAAUUAUGAGCAGAAUUCAAUUUCCGUUACUACCCCUGAGAAGUUCGAAUCUGAAGAAGUUGAAACGCCUGCUGCAAAUCCGGCGACUGUUGAAUCUAAAGAAGUUGAAACCGUUCAAUUUCCGUUAACCACCAAUGAGUCGAUGUCACCGGAACAAUCGCCGGAAACUUCCGGUGGUCAAAAUCAAAGUCAAAGUCAAACUACUCUCAAUCAGCCGGUUAUGUUCUGGACCAAUGGCGGUUUGUUGGGACUCGAACCUUCAAAACCUCCAGAUUUUGGUUUGUCGACACGUAGUAUUGAAGAAACUAAAACCGAUGAGACACAGAAAAACACCAUUAAUGAAGAUACAGUGGUUAACAUUAACGCUUCGAAAUCUGAAGAUAACAUGAAUUCAUCUCGGAUAUUUGAAUUUAGCAAUCGAUUACUUGUUAAUGGUUUCAGAAGACAAAUUUCACUUGUUGGAAACGAAACACUUGCAAAUUCUGUGAAAACUGAUGUCCCUGAAAGACUUCACACAGUUACAGGAAUACCUUUCAGAGAACAAUUCGGGAAUGGAACUUCUUCUUUCAUCUCACCUUCUUCACCUCCUCUUGAACAUAUGAGAAUAUCUUUUCAACCAAUUGAUGGAUUCGAGACUUCUAAAUUGAAACUAAUGUUCCCUGAUGGGAGUAAUAAUAAUGAUAACAAUGAAAGUAACGGAUACGGGAACAUGUUUCCUUCGUUUCAAUUAGUCCCCGAGCCCGGAAUGUCGUUACGUGAUUCCGGUUCUGGUUCCGGUUCCGAUUCCGAUGACGACACGUUCUGUAGAUCGUCACCAUACGCAUCGGAUGACGACCGUAGUCAUGCCUCGGAAUCGAAUUCCGACCAGUGGGAUUCCGGGGAGUCUCCGGGAAUGAAGGGUGGUCGUGAGCUGGACGAUGCUUUUGGAAGGAUUUCGUCUGCGGAAUCGGCUUCGAGCUCUCUUGUGAAUGGAAUUAGAUUCCCCGAUAUUCCAAACUUUGAUUCUAUGAAUGGUGUUGUACAUAACCAGGUGAAGGAAUCAUGUAUUCCUAAGGAGCCGACACCACUUCCGCCACCUCUGCCGCCAAUGGAAUGGCGGGGUGUUAAGCAAGAUUCAAGUGGGAUGAUGGAGAAAGAAGAUGAUGGUCUCUCAGAAGCGUUGACUUAUGCAUUGAAUUUGACACCUCAGCACCCUCAACCACUUCCAAUAAAACCGGGUCAUUUUGUUGAAACGGUUGAUCUUAUGCCUAAGCCCACAAAUAUGCAUGUUGAGAAAGAGUAUAAUCGCGUUGGGAAAAUGGUUAAAGAAAAAGAAGAUUUUUUACAGCAGAUUAGAACAAAGUCACUCAAUCUAAGACGAACUUCAACAGCUCCGCCAACAAUUACACCAACUGCCCCUACCGGAAUUAAAGUCACUGCAAUUCUCGAGAAGGCAAAUGCGAUUAGACAGGCUGUAGGAAGUGAUGAGGGAGAAGAUGAUAACUGGAGUGAUACUUGAGUAUCAAGUCCAUAUGAUAUUAUGGUUGCAGCUGUUCAUAUGUAUUUUUUUUAUUCAAUUUAAUAAUAUGUUAAAUAUGAGUACAAUAACAUAGUUAUUAUGGUAAUAAUUAUUUAUUUUUGUAUAAUAAUGCGCUUUAGAAGGUUUUGUGUGUUGUUUGAAUAUAUUGAUUUUAUUUUU